AAUAGGGCGGUGGAGAAAAACGCAGCCCAGGCGGAAGAUCUUUCCCCUCCCUGUCUUGACUCACAUUUGAGAGUGAGAAGAGAGAGAUGUCUGCUGCCGCGGGGUUAGUCACCGGAAGGCUCUUGCUGCUAAUUACGGCCGCCACCAAUAACAACAACACCGCCGUCACGAGCUCUGCGUCUCCUCGCUUCUCUGAUUCGGCUUCUAAAGAAUUUCACUCCCAAUCGCUUCGAGCGGAGCACCCUAAUUUCAGCUACUCGCAUCGGCGGAGAAGGGCCCCCUUCAUCCCCAAACCAGCGUGGCUUUGUGGAAGUAAGAGAAGAGGCCAAGAAGAUAAUGAUACUUCCGGAGCUGAGGAGGACAACAUUGUUUGCAGGUUUGGUUCUGAUGAAGAAAGUGGCAUUCGGAUUCCUACCCAAGCACAAUCCCUCGUUGAAGGUUCUGCUACAGUGAUGAUGUCAGAGCCUAAACCUGUUCCCGAUGUUGACUAUCUACAGGAGCUGCUAGCCAUUCAGCAACAAGGGCCUAGAUCUAUCGGUUUCUUUGGGACACGGAAUAUGGGCUUCUUGCAUCAGGAACUCAUUGAGAUCCUGAGUUAUGCUUUAGUUAUAACGAAGAACCAUAUUUACACCUCAGGUGCUUCUGGCACUAAUGCUGCCGUUAUUCGAGGAGCAUUAAGAGCAGAGAAGCCAGAAUUGCUCACAGUGAUUUUGCCGCAGAGUUUGAAAAAGCAACCGCCAGAAAGCCAGGAACUGCUUGAAAAGGUGAAAAACGUGGUAGAAAAGCCUUACAACGAUCAUCUGUCUUUGAUCGAAGCCAGCAGGCUGUGUAAUAUGGACAUAAUUUCGCAUGUACAGCAAGUGAUUUGCUUUGCAUUUCACGACAGCCGAUUGCUGAUGGAGACGUGUGAAGAGGCCAAAAGCCUCAGGAAAAUCGUGACUCUGUUCUACCUGGACUGAAGAACCAAAAUCUGUAAGAUUUAUAGCUGCCUACACGUUUGGGGGGUGUUUCAAUAGAAGGCGGGGGAGGUUAUGGAGAUUCUUUUUGGUCUGUAAAUGAGGUCAUCGACGGCUCUGUAGAUUUAGACUGAACAGCUGGAUAUUGGAAGCAAAUUUGUGUAAGUUGCUCCUCGACUCAGACACUAAAAAAUUUGCAAGUUACUUUUGUUUUAGGAAACUCGCAUUACAAGUUGCUGGAAGUGUACAAAGUGGUUGCUUUCAUUAGGAGAUGGAGUGGUUGGCGCCGGCCGGUGGUGGUGAGGCGUAAUUUAUCUGUAUAUGUUAAUAUUCUUUUCAGUUAAUUGUCUUUGUCAUCUGUAGCAUUAACAUUCACAUGUGAACAGUAAUGAUUCUAAGCAAUGCUCUAAUACUGUACAUCGUUCCUCUGUCUGGCUCUUUAAGUACACAGUGGAAAGCUCAGGAAGGAAGCAAAACAAAGCAAAGUAACAAGCUAAUCAAGCUAGGCAACAUUUCUGAGUCGAACAGGUAGAUCGAUAUGGAAAUGGAUGCAGCCACUGCGAUCGAGCUCCUCGACGCCCAGCCCCGGGUCUGGGACCACUGCUUAGGCUACAUCAACGCCAUGACCGUCCAGUGUGCAGUCGAGCUGGAGAUUGCGGACGUGGUUCACGGCCACGGCCAGCCCAUCUCGUUGGAUGAGCUGGCCGCGGCCAUCGGAAUCUCUCCGGUGAAAGCUCCGUUCCUCUCGCGCCUCAUGCGUAUGCUCGUCCACUUGGGCUACUUUGUAGAAGAAGAGGGAGAGGAGCGGUACACCGUGGCGCCGCUGUGUCAAUUCCUGUUGAAGGACAACCCGUUCAACGCCAGGGCGUACAUCGUUUGCAUGAACCAUCCUAACAUGGUGGACCCUUGGCGCCAUAUGAGCGCUUGGUUUCGAACCUGCGAAAACGACGUCGUACCAACACCUGGUGGUGGCGGUGGUCCUCCGCCGCCGUUCACGUUAGCUCACGGUGGGAAGAAGGUGUAUGAAGUGUGCUCGUCGGAUCCGCCGUUUGGGAAAAUGUUCGAUGAAGCGAUGGGUGGUGACAGCUGGAUGUUCAGCAGAGCCUUGGUGGCCAAGUGCAAGGACGCAUUCGAAGGGUUGAGCUCGCUUGUGGACGUCGGCGGAAGCACCGGAGACACCGCGAAAGUUAUCGCCGAGACCUUCCCGGGGAUUCAUUGCACCGUGUUUGAUCUCCCUCAUGUGGUCGCCGACGCUGCGUCCGCGGAAGAAACUCGUCCUAGUAAUCUGAGCUACGUAGCCGGCGACAUGCUUACCGAUGAUAUUCCUCGAGCUGAUGCACUGUUCUUCAAGUGGGUGUUAAUUGACUGGCCGGACGAACCUUGCCUGAAAGUGCUGAAGCAGUGCAAGAAAGCUUUGAGUAACAACAAUGGCGGGAAGGGGAAGGUGAUGAUCGUCGACCACGUGAUGGGACAUGAGAGUUGCAGCGACAAGAGCUCCAUGGGAACAUCGUUGCUCUUCGACCUCGGAGUCAUGGCGUGUCUCGAAGGUUACGUAAGGACCGAGGAACAGUGGGCAAAGCUCUUUUCCGAUGCCGGCUUCUCCGACUACACAAUAACGCCGGUGGCCGGGCUCCGACUCCUCAUCCAAGUCUACCCUUGAUUUAGCAAAGCUCUAUUGUAAACGAAGUACCUCAAUCAAACACCAAGUAAUUCAUCGAGAUCGUGGAGUCCCCUCUUCUGAAAUUGUGAUGUCCUACUAUUUUUUUUUAUUUGAAAUAAAAUUAAUCUCGGCUGUCUUGAUUAUAAUAAUAAUAUGGGUG